CUGGUGCACUGGACUACCUACUUGUUAUUUUAUGGAAUGCUUGAGACGUGAGGAACAUGAUAGCCACAUGAGAAGUCGAACUCAGCUGAGUGGAGUGAAUGGCCCCCUAUGGACCAGCAAUGGACGGUGAGGAAGUCACCAGCGUGUUGGCGGUGAGUGCAGUCACUCUACUCAAGCCCCAGCUGGACCCCGCAGGGGACGAGGAGACGCCUGACCCUGAAGGACACGAGGUGGUGGAAUGCAAAGGACCCCAAUGCAACCCUGUCCCCUCCAGCCUGAGCAGCUCAAGCACUAACAGCCUGUGUGCGGACGAGCCCUUCUGUCGCAUCUGCCAUGAGGGCAGCGCCGUGGAGGAGCUGCUGUCGCCGUGCGAGUGCUCCGGCUCGCUGGCCAUGGUGCACCGGGCCUGUCUGGAGCGCUGGCUCACCGCCUCCAACACCAGCCGCUGUGAGCUCUGUCACUUUCAGUUUGCCUUGGAACGCCUGCCAAAACCACUCACUGAGUGGUUUGCCACCCCCUCCAUGCAGCACCAGAGGAGGACUCUGUGCGGAGACGCCAUCUGCUUCCUCUUCAUCACGCCUCUGGCCAGCCUGUCCGGCUGGCUGUGCGUCCAGGGCGCUAUGGACCUCUACUACAGCAACAGCAUGGAGGCCAUGGGGCUCAUCGCACUCACCCUGGCCCUCUUCACCAUAUACCUCUUCUGGACUGUGGUGUCCCUGCGGUAUCACAUUCAUCUCUUCAGGACGUGGAAGGAGACCAAUCAGAGAGUGCGUCUGCAGAUCCCCAUGCCACCACAGACACAGGCCAAACAGCAGUCGCUCUCCUUCUUCCUCAGUAAGGACACCAGUAAGGAGACCGUGGUCUGACCAAGGAUGACUGCUAGCAAUGGACCGUACUUUUAUAUUGGGUGUUAUGAACACACCAGCAUUUUUUGAACUUCUUUUGGGGCAAAGCUUACUAUUUUUGUAAAGACUUGUUUUUUUCUAUUACACUGAAAGGACUGACUGGAGGAGCAUACUGUGGAUUUUAAACCUGAGGAUAAUAACCAUUUUCUAAGGAUAACAAUCGGUUUCAAAGGAAAACAAUCAAUUACAAGGAUAACAAUCAACGUCGGUGGUUUUGGUGUAAAACACAUUUCUAUGCUCCCAGCAAAGAGGAAUUCUUUUCUUUGGAGUACCGGAGUACACCACUGAAAGCAUCACAAUGACUUGGCAACAUCUGCACUGGAAUUCACAUAAAAAUCCUCAUCUGUACUCUUGUUGGGAAAUACUUGAAACUGACCAAAAAGAAAAACUAACAAACAAACAAGCAAACAAACAAACUUGGAACAUUCAUUUAUAAUCAGCAUCUUUAUU